CCUACAGAGCUUGACAUAUUGUAGUGGCUCAGGCAGUGUUGAUGGCAUUGAAUGGAACCACAGAGAUAUCCACCAAGGUGCUGGCUCUGACUGGUGGGGAUUUAAAACCACCAGAGGCAACUGACAAACUGCGCUGGCCAAGACUGAAAAUGGUGUUUGGUAUAUGCUGCCAGAGGGAGAGGCUCUGCAAGUUCCUGUACGUAGUGCAGAUCUUCAUUCUUGCCGGAAUGAUCUACUACUACUUUCAGGAGUCUCUGAGGAACGCAGCUCCUGACCAUGAGGUUGCUGGGGAGUCCUCACAGCCCAGCGGACAGACCUUAAGGCCACUGUGGGGGCUGAUGGAUAAGUGCUACCCUGUGACAACUCAGAGACGCAGAGGCAGGAGCGGGAAGAAGCAAGCCUCUGAGGCUGUGACCCCCAAGGCAAUGGGAGGACUGAAGGAUGCUGCCCCCGAGGAGGAGCCUGGCAUCCUGUCUCAGGAUGAGGGGGAGGUGAGGUCCCUGGGACAGGAAGCAGCCAGCCCCACUCCUGCUGGGAAGGAAGUGACUGAGGGGAAGGAGGUGGCAGGAACCCCAGGCUGUGAGGGAAAUGAAAAGGUCCACACGGAGAUGGCUGUAUAUCCUUCUGAGGCCUCUGCGGUGGAGAGCAAGGACAGGCCUGGGGGGUGGGUCCCCCAGCUCCUGAGGACGCUCUGGCUCGGCUGGUUCCCGGCCUCUGACAGCCCUGAGGCUCAGAAGCACAAAUGA